AAUUAUCUAUUACAGUUAACGGUCUUUUUAUUAAUGCUAAUCUAAGUAAACAAAUUGAAUAAAUCAUUGUCUUGAGAAGAUUUGAUCGGAAAAAUCAUGGGUAAUUGUUGUGGAACAGCAGGAUCAUUGGCUCAAAACGAUAACAAACCCAAAAAAGGAAGGAAGAAGCAAAACCCUUUCUCGAUUGAUUACGGUCUUCACCACGGUGGUGGAGAUGGAGGUGGAAGACGUCUUAAGCUUAUCGUUUUGAAUGAUCCAACAGGUCGUGAGAUAGAGUCUAAAUACACGUUGGGGAGAGAGUUAGGUCGUGGAGAAUUCGGUGUUACGUAUCUUUGUACUGAUAAGGAGACAGACGACGUGUUUGCUUGUAAAUCGAUUUUGAAGAAGAAGCUGAGGACAGCUGUUGAUAUUGAGGAUGUUAGGAGAGAAGUUGAGAUCAUGAGGCAUAUGCCUGAGCAUCCUAAUGUUGUUACUUUGAAGGAGACUUUUGAGGAUGAGCAUGCUGUGCAUUUGGUUAUGGAGCUUUGUGAAGGUGGUGAAUUGUUUGAUAGGAUUGUUGCUAGAGGGCAUUAUACCGAGAGAGCUGCUGCUGCUGUCACUAAGACCAUCAUGGAAGUUGUUCAGGUGUGUCACAAGCAUGGGGUAAUGCACAGGGACCUGAAACCUGAGAACUUCUUGUUUGGAAAUAAGAAGGAGACUGCACCUCUCAAGGCCAUUGAUUUCGGUCUCUCUGUUUUCUUUAAGCCAGGCGAGAGGUUUGACGAAAUCGUUGGUAGUCCGUACUACAUGGCUCCCGAGGUGCUAAAACGGAAUUAUGGUCCAGAAGUUGACAUUUGGAGUGCCGGUGUAAUUCUCUACAUACUGCUCUGUGGUGUCCCGCCUUUCUGGGCAGAAACUGAACAAGGAGUUGCACAAGCAAUUAUUCGAUCUGUACUAGACUUCAGAAGGGACCCAUGGCCCAAGGUUUCUGAAAACGCAAAAGACCUUAUCAGGAAAAUGCUUGAUCCUGACCAAAAGCGUCGUCUUACAGCUCAACAAGUCCUAGAUCAUCCGUGGUUACAGAAUGCAAAGACAGCUCCCAAUGUAUCAUUGGGUGAAACAGUCAGGGCAAGGUUGAAGCAGUUCACCGUCAUGAACAAGCUCAAGAAACGAGCACUCAGGGUUAUUGCUGAGCAUUUAUCAGAUGAAGAAGCUUCAGGUAUAAGAGAAGGGUUCCAAAUAAUGGACACAAGCCAAAGAGGGAAGAUUAACAUCGACGAGCUUAAAAUCGGGUUGCAGAAACUUGGUCAUGCCAUUCCCCAAGAUGAUCUACAAAUUCUGAUGGAUGCUGGAGAUAUCGAUAGAGAUGGAUAUUUGGACUGUGACGAGUUUAUUGCCAUAUCGGUACACCUAAGGAAAAUGGGCAAUGACGAGCAUCUCAAGAAAGCAUUUGCGUUCUUUGAUCAAAACAAUAACGGAUAUAUCGAAAUAGAGGAGUUAAGGGAAGCGUUGUCUGACGAACUUGGUACAAGCGAAGAAGUCGUUGAUGCCAUUAUUCGUGAUGUUGAUACCGAUAAGGAUGGAAGAAUAAGUUACGAAGAGUUUGUGACGAUGAUGAAAACAGGAACAGAUUGGAGAAAAGCUUCGAGACAAUACUCGAGAGAACGGUUUAACAGUAUCAGUCUCAAACUGAUGCAAGAUGCGUCGUUGCAGGUAAAUGGUGAUACAAGAUGAGAGGCUGAAUCUGUGUAACUAAGCAUGGGAAGAUUGAAUCAAAGGGAUGCAAAUCU